AUGUCCACGAAUGCCUCCCUCAUGCACACCAAACGAAGCUCAACGAGGUCAAUAUCCUCGAUUUUGAAUAAGUCUGUGACAAGAUACUUGGCACAGAGUCGCCAACUCUCAAAAUGCAGUUCGACGAGCAAAUCGUCCCCUCCCGCUGCAAAUGUUGUACCAACAGAAAUCCUACUUGAGAUAUUCUCUAUGCUGACACCGCGGGACUUUGACAAUGCUCGGCGGACAUGCUCACAGUGGAUGCGGGUUAGCCUGAACCAAAAGUUACUUGAGAACAUGCUGAAAAGAGCAGGGUGGUGGGAUGCAUGGCUGCAAGACCGCGAAGCGCAACGCAUCUCUCGAUUAGAUGAGAGCGAGGUUUGGAGAAUGAGCCGCCGCUUUGCGACAGAAUGUCUUCUUUCGGGGCGAAAGUUGAAUGUCGAGAAGCAGGGCUUUGUGGCUACUGCCGUGGUAGACUUUUCAAGUCUGUCUGAUUCUGCACGAAGGGCAUCCCGCCGCACUCGACUUCAGCCUGUUAUGCAGAUGACCGAAGGCAAAGGGUCCGGGGUAUCAACUUUCAGCAUUAGCAGUUGCAGCAACUAUCUACUCGUGACGACAGGCUGCAUGAUCUACAUCUAUUCUCUUUUGGGUCGAAAGUCUAGGUCAACAUCUACAACAGACUUCAACGGUGCUCACUUGGCGCUAGUCUCGCGCAUCUCGUGUCCGUUCGAUGUCAUUUCAGCCGCCAUAGACACCAGCAAGCCCCAAUUCACCAUCGCUGCAUUACUUUGCAAUCGUGUUGGCAUGAUCUGUAACUUGGAUAUGGCUUGGGCUAAAGCCCCGACUACCAAGGGGUCUCAUUCCAAUAGCAAAAUGGCCACCUCAUCCCGCCACUUCUUCUACAACAUCUGCACAGUGGAAAACCCACCCCGAACAGUUGCUCUCUUUCCAGGUCGGCCGAUCGUCGCCUUCGGCUGCGCCGCGGGCAUCGAGAUUCAUAGCGUGAAUGAAAAAACACGCAAUGAACAACGCAAGCACUUCACCCUCCCUCAACCCUCCGAAAUCCUUCAUUUCCUCCCAAGUAGUCCUGAAACACCCAGCGAACUACGUCUCAUUUCUUCUCUAUCGGGUCCAGGAUUUCACGAAUGCAAAUGUCCUCCUUCGCCCUCCCCUUCAUCUUCAUCCUCUUCAAUAUCAUCACCAAAACUCGACUCAAAAAACAACCAAUUCCAUUUCCUGGCAGAUAUCCAGUCCUUCAACCGCCGUCGCAUUCCCCACGCCCCAUCCCGCAGCUUCGUCCGUGCAACACACUGCCACCACUAUCGUGCCGUCCCCAUCAACGACGGUUUCCAGAUCAUGUUCAUCGAACCACGCACGAACCUACUAUGCAUCGGCACCGACGCGCCAAUCGGCGGGCCAACAAGCCUGACCCGCGCAUUCGUCUGCAUUCCGCCGCCUUUCUCAAACGCCCAAGACGGACAGAUCAAGACACCACCCCCAUCUCCAUCCCCCUCAAACACAACUCCGCCUCCAGCAGACCUUCCAGUGCCAACAACCUUCACCGCGGGCUCCGAUCUCCGCUGGGGUCUCCGUGUUGUCGCAGCCUAUGGUGACCGCCUCGUGCUAUACUCUAUUCCCUUGGACGUAUUCAACGUGAUCCGCAAAGAACGCGAACGUCAAGGCGACGGGAUAAUGGGCGCUAGCGAUCUCGCGCUUGACUGGUACGUUGAUUCGGAGCGAUCCCGCAAGCGGCGCGAGAGUCUGGUGCAGAACCAGAAUGGGGAUUGGGAGUUCCUUUUGUCUGUCUCAUAUCGGCCUACUGCUAUGAUGUGGCCGUUUAAGAUUUAUGGCAAGGAGAUUGGAUCUGUUAAAGGGACUGUAGAGCUUGCUUUGCAGUCCUCCGAGGGUGGAGUCAGGGUUUGGGCUUUUGGGGAGGAUGGUAAAGGCACAGUUUUGGAUGUUGAUACUGGUGAUACGUCCACUCGGUCUCUUGGUGUUGGUUCUGAUGGGGGGUUGGAGGACCUUGGUAUGGUUCGGAGUGCUGGUUUGAGUCGGCUGCAAGGUUCGAGGAAACGGAAGUUUGAGGAGGUGAAGACUGGGUUUGCUGGCCGAUAUGGCGCUGGUCGCCAUUCGGCUGAUGGAGUGGAUGUCAAGCCUUGUGCUGCUGGUGUUCAUGGUAUACAUCAGGAUCCGUCUAUUCGACGGUCAUCUUUUGCAGCUUGCAUUAUAGACUUUAAGAUUCCCUUGUAUUAA